GUGCCCUCGCCCGAAAACUGGCGGCCAAUAACAACAACAACAACAGCGGAGGCUCCGCCUCAGCCUCGCCUGCCUCUGUUGCCAUGUCGACCACUGCCAUCAAGCAGGAGCCCUGCGACCCCUUCGCCUCGGUGGUCGCCCCGAGCAACGGUGCUGGCUUCGUGUGGGUGGGAGUGGCAGGUGACGGGAAGUGGCCCCGGGGGUUGCUCCGCCUCCAGCGGCGGGUCCAGCCUAUCACCGGACUCGGCCAUCCAGAAGCUGAAAGCGGCAGCCAACGCGGUUUUACAGGACAAGAAUGCCACCGUAGUGGCCUCGUCUACUUCCUCUUCAUCAUCCUCCUGCUCUACCGUACCCACCCUGGGAGGAGGGAGCCGGGGAGGAACAGACGACUCGGUACGCUUCGAUGCCUUCAUCCCCUUCAGCCCUCAGUCGGCCAGCUCCACGCUAGCCGCCCUGUCCAAGAAGGUGAGCGAGCGCUCCCAGACCACCUCCACCCCUCAUCAUCAGACCACCAACACCAACCCUCCACGCUCCUCCUUCCUCUCCCUGGUCUCUAUGACUUCCUCGGCUGCGCUCCUCAAGGAGGUGGCAGCCCGGGCGGCAGGGAACCUCCUUGCUGAUAAGAUGGAGGCCACAGCAGGAGGAGGGGCCAUCCAGGAGGACAUCAAGCCCCUGCUGGACAGGAACCAGAAGACAGGGACCCCCACAGGGCCCCAGAGCGCCAUGGACCUGCUGCUGCCCUCCACCCCUAAGGGAAGGGCCAAACCCAGCAGCCAAGCAGGUUCCCCGGGGGAGGACGGAGGGAAGCCGUUCCAGUGUCCGGUGUGUGGCCUGGUCAUCAAGAGGAAGAGCUACUGGAAGAGACACAUGGUGAUCCACACCGGCCUGAAGAGUCACCAGUGCCCCCUGUGCCCCUUCCGCUGCGCCCGCAAAGACAAUCUCAAGUCCCACAUGAAGGUCCACCAGCAUCAGGACCGGGGCGAGACGUUCCAGUGCGAACUUUGCCCUUUCACCUCCUCGCGCCACUUCAGCCUCAAGCUCCACAUGCGCUGCCACCAGCACUUCCCCCGCUCCGGCUCCUCCGACGGGGUCAAGGUCAAGGAAGAGGCCACCACGGACACGGAGGGCGAGGGGUCACUCCUGGGCGAUUUCAACCCCGGGGAAUCCCCUCUCCAGUCGGACGCAGGGAACCAGAGCUCCCCUGGAGUCUCCAACCACCACGUCUAUAUAAAAGAAGAGCCCCAGGAGAGGGAGCUGUCGGUGCUGUCGCCCUUCACCCUUUGCAGGGACAGGGAGCGGGAGCGGCCUGGUAGCAGUGGCAACUCCCUGGACCUCUCUAUGGGGGGAGUCGGCUUGGGGGUGGGGGUGCGGUCCAGUCCUGGUGGAGGUCCAACGGCAGCGUCCCUCUUCAGCCCGGACAUCACCACCAAGACAGCCACCGACCUGCUCAUGAAGCUCUCAGCGGCCAACCAGAAGGAAGCCCUGAAGGCUCCACAGUCCUUCCAUCUGAAGCAGGAACCCCGGGCAGAGGAAGAUGAGGAAGAGGUGCGGAGGAGCCCCCGGAGCCAGCCCAGCUACUCCUCCUUCUACCAGGAGCAGGGCGCGGCGCUGGGGGCCACAGGGCCAGCAGAGGUCACAGCAGACAGUGGGGGCCACAGGGGGACACUAAAGGGACGUGAGGGAAGCCCCAUGGGGAACAAGAACAGUCUCCUCAGCCAGGACAUCAACUUCAAGGUGGCGUCGGAGCUGCUGAUGAAGCUAUCAGAAAGCAACAAGGACGCGGCCCACUACCAGAAGGUGACGGUGAAGGCGGAGCCUAUGGAGGUGGACCCGGCCAGUGGCCCGGCCCCGCCCCCUACUCACCUGCUGGCCUUCAGCACUUUAGGGGUGUGUGAGAAGAGCGAGCCAAUGACCAGCCUCUCUGAAGCGUUGUCCCGCCCCCAGAAGCAAGACCUCUUCUCCCAGGACAUAUCAGUGAAAAUGGCCUCCGAGCUCCUCUUCCAACUCUCAGAAAAAGUCAGCAAAGCCAACGACCACAAAGACGGCAACAUGGUGGGCAUAAGCAGCCCCUUCCUGGACGAGCGUUUCGGACAAUCCCCCUUCAGCCAGCGCUCCAAGUCUUCCUCCCCCGCAGAGGCCAGCUCCUCUGCUAGGACAGCCCUCCACGACCCAGAGAAGGACACUGGAGAGCCGGGGGGGAACGGGAUAUCCCAGGGGAUACUGAGCAGUCAGCAGCUCCACCCCUGUCCUGUCUGUGGCAAGGUGUUUGGCAGACAGCAGACCCUGUCCAGACACCUGUCUCUACACACAGAGGAGCGGAAGUAUACGUGUCACCUGUGUCCUUAUGCAGCCAAGUGCAGAGCCAACCUCAACCAGCACCUGACCAUCCACUCUGUCAAGCUGGUCAGCGCCGACGCAGAGCAGAUGGUCAGCGCCGUCGCCACCACUGAGGGACGAGACGGGAAGACCUUCCCCUAUUACUACAGCUGCCAUGCGUGUGGUUUCCAGACGGGGCAGAAUGCCCAGUUCGUCAGCCACAUGUCUCUCCACGUGGACAAGGAGCAGUGGAUGUUCGCUCUGUGCUGCAGCGCCUGUGACUACGUCUGUGUGGAGGAGAGUGACAUGAAGUCUCACGUCAGUCACGGACACACAGGUCUGAACUCGCGGAGCCCACUCAGUGAGACUAAGAGCACCUCCUCCUCCCUGUCGGCCCUCAGCGAUUCACUGAACAGCUCAGAGGGUGGAGAACUUACCCAUGCCAAUGAGGAGCUCAAGAACCUGCUGGCCCCUCCCUCCUCUGCAGGCAGCCAAUCCAGCUCCAGCAGCCACUCGGGAUCAGGAACUGAAGAGAAGUCUGAAAAAGGCUUCGAGUGCGUCUUCUGCAACUUUGUGUGCAAGACGCGGACCAUGUACGAGCGCCACCUCCAGAUCCACCUGAUCACGCGCAUGUUCGAGUGCGACGUGUGCCACAAGUUCCUGAAGACGCCCGAGCAGCUGCUGGAGCACAAGAAGUGCCACACCGUCCCCACCGGAGGGCUCAAGGUUUGUGAAGCGCUUUGGGGCCCAGAGCAGAUGAAUGGUGCUAUUUAAAUGUGCCCCGUCUGCAUUUAUUCCACCAAUCGACCGGCGGCCAUGGAGUGCCACCUGAAGACCCAUUACAAGAUGGAGUACAAGUGUCGCAUCUGCCAGUCGGUGUGGUGCGACCAGCCCGCGCUGGAGAGGCACGUGCGC